AUGACUUCCGUGGUUCUUGUAACAGGAGCCAGUGGCCUGCUUGGCCGCCAAGUGUUCAAUACCUUCCAGCGCUCAGGAGUUCUAGUAGUUGGACAGGGGUUUUCUCGAGCUACCCCGCCAACCAUCCUGAAAGCGGACCUUGAGCAGGAAGAAGAGGUCAAAUAUAUCCUGGACGAGGUUAAACCUCAGAUUGUCAUCCAUUGUGCCGCAAACAAAUCCCCGGACCUCUGUGAAAAGGACCCCGAGAAAGCACGCAAGCUCAAUGUCGACGCCACACGUGUCCUCGCCGAGCAAUGCUCUACCCGCGGAGCCUUGCUUAUCUACAUUUCCACCGACUACGUUUUCCCCGGAGUGGAGGGCGAGGCGCCCUACGAAGUUGACGCAGAGACCAAGCCACCGAACAUGUAUGGCCAAUUCAAGCGGGACGGGGAGGUUGCAGUCCUAGAAGCUACUAAGGACACCGGUCUAGGCGUUGUUCUCCGUGUCCCGGUACUCUACGGAACCGCCAAGGACACCUCCGAGAGCGCUGUCAACUGUUUGGUGGAUGCAGUCAUGAAGGCACAGGAUGCCGAUGCCGGUGUGAAGAUGGACGAUUGGGCUCAGCGCUAUCCUACCAACACCGAGGAUGUGGCACGUGUCUGCCGAGACAUUGUCAUCAAGUACAUCAAGGAGAAACACCGGAUGAAGGAGUUGCCGCAUGUCCUGCAGUUCAGCUCCGAGGAUCGUAUGACUAAGUACGAGAUCUGUGAGAAGCUUGCUGAGGUUCUCGGUUUCCCGCUGCCUGGUAUGAUCCGUAACAAGCAGGGUAAUGAUCCCAAUGGAGCCCAGCGGCCAUAUGAUACACACCUGUCUACUAAGGCACUUGUGGAUUUGGGAAUUGAUGUGAGAACUGUGGACUUUGUGACCUGGUGGCGACGUGAGCUGGGAGCGUACAGGAAGUAG